AGCGAGGACAGAGAAGAAGCAUCAUGAGGUUGAAGUAAGCAGUAACACGUGCAUAUCCAUCGAUGGAAUUGGUCCGUGCGAGAUCCCGCCCACGUUGCCGCACGUUUGUGGUCUCUCCUCCACAAAGCAAAACGUCCCUUGCUGAUAAUUGUGGCGGAGUCGCGUCAAGUGCACGAUGGCUUCAUAUUUCCUGCUUUCUACUGCAGAGUCGGGCGAAUGCAAGACCAGUGUCUGCAAGCCACAGAGCCAAAAGCAGAAACCAAAUCCGUGGCUUCUGAAAGAUGACCCGACCGUUAUUGUGUAACUUUCCAAUGCAGUUAUAUCUAUAGUCAUUAUGCACUGCUUUACGUUCCGUUCUUCUCUUGAGAAAGCAAACGCUUUCGCUUUCCCCGCUUCUUCAUCAUGGAUUCAACCCUUCUCGGGCAAGAUAGCAAGUCUUCAGCUCUUGUGUACCACAUCUACCACACAGGUUCCAAGAAACACAAUUUCUCUGUGCACACGAUCAGCGACUCGAGGACUAUCCUAACGCUAGAUGAACCUGCUCUGUCAAAUGUUACUACGGGAAAAGGCCAACAUCCCCUUAACGACGACACACUCUUUGAACGACGUAAUACUUGGUCAAGCAUCCCGACCAAAGUAAAACGUGGGAAGUAUCUCGAAACACGCGCCCAUGAUCCUCGAACCGAGACUUCUCCAUACUAUGUUCACUUACCAACUCUGUAUGGCCACUGUCCUCCGUACACGCUCCGUCACGGAGGCACGAAGAGAGCUCCUCCAGCCGGCUUGAUGCAUCAAUCUCUGUUCUGGCGAAAAUGGACAAUGCAGUUCGGCGACGUCCUGGCAGAAGAUGGGGUUAUCGAUGGAAGAGGUGUCGUUAACAUCAAAUAUGGAACGAAGAAUGGAGAGCAUGGGACAUUGAAGGGACACUCCGUUCGAGGAAGACGAUAUAUGGGCGAAUCGGGAAAAGAAUGGCAUGCAAUGCAGAACACACUCCCAGAGGAUAAUAUGAAACACAUGUCGAAACUCAAGCCUGAAGAGGUUGUUCACUUGGCUUGGGCAGCACCACUCUCGACCAGAACCCGAGAGUACCACUUUCGAUGGAGAGACUUUGCCUUCAAAUGGAAGGGGACGAAGAAUGUUGGACGGGCCCAAAAUAUCUUCCAACCCUUCAUGCGCUACGCUCACCUCAAGCUCGUUGUCGUUGUCCCGGGGAGAGAUGUCAAUGUUAAAGAGGAGGAAUUAUUGUUGGCCCAGUACACAUGUGUGCCUGCGAGUCGCAAAGCAGGUCGCCUUGAGUUGUAUCAAGAUACCAUUGACUCCUUUCUGGUGGAACAUAUCCAUGAUACAUUUCAAUUGAGAGAACUGACAGUGAACGAGAAGAAAUCAUUGGCUCAGGUGCAACACUCCGACAUCAAGUCUGAUCAGAGAUUGAGAGAUGUUCUCGUUGCUUCUGCUAUGUGUAUGAUCAUCAGCGAAUACCAGAAGCGUCAGGUCAUCAUCCAACUCAUCCUCCUCGCUCUCAACGCGACCGGAUAGCCGAGGUUUCCUCGCUU